ACCGUGUAACAAAGACUAUACACAGAUGUUGGGUGUAUCUUCUCUAUGUCUUCUUCUUCUUCUAGCUUUGUCAGAAGCUGGCUAUUCCCAAUAUACCCCUAAACUUAGCAGAGAAGAUUUCCCACCAGACUUUGUUUUGGGUGCUGGAACCUCAGCUUAUCAGGCUGAAGGUGCAGCAGCUGAGGAUGGAAGGACUCCGAGCAUUUGGGACACUUACACUCAUGCAGGGAAAAUGCUGGACAAGAGCACAGCGGACGUAACUGCGGACCAAUACCACAAAUAUAAGGAAGAUGUGAAGCUGAUGAGUGAGAUGGGCCUUGAUGCCUACAGAUUCUCCAUCUCUUGGUCGAGGCUCCUCCCACAUGGGAGAGGAGCCGUUAAUCCGAAAGCCGUCCAGUACUACAACAAUCUCAUCAACGAACUGAUCAGCCACGGAAUUCAACCACAUGUUACCAUCCACCAUUUGGAUCUCCCUCAAAUACUUGAAGAUGAAUAUGAUGGAUGGCUAAGCCCAAAGAUAGUGGAGGAUUUUACAGCAUAUGCAGAUGUGUGCUUUAGAGAAUUUGGGGAUAGGGUGGCCCACUGGACCACCCUAAAUCAACCCAACAUCAUAGGCGUUGCAUCUUACGACAGUGGCGUCUUUCCACCUCAGCGAUGCUCCUAUCCAUUUGGCUUCAACUGCACAGCUGGCAACUCUACUGUGGAACCGUACAUCGCAGUCCACCAUUCCUUGCUAGCACAUGCAUCAGCUGCCGCGUUGUAUAGAGAAAAAUACCAAGGCAAGCAAAAGGGUUUCAUAGGCUUGAAUGUAUACAGUUUAUGGUUUAUCCCUUUUACAAACUCCACAGCAGACGUUAAAGCAACCCAAAGAGCCUUUGAUUUUUACAAUGGGUGGAUCGUCCACCCGGUGGUGUUCGGAGACUAUCCUGAGAUCAUGAAGAAGAUUGCAGGGUCAAGGAUACCAUCUUUCACAAGAUCUGAAUCAGAACGGGUAAAAGGCUCCAUCGACUUCCUUGGUGUGAACCAUUACUUGACUGCCUACGUACAGGACGACUCUAAUGGCCCGAAAAGCAACGUUCGAGACUUCAAUGAAGAUAUAUUUGCCACAUUUCGAUUUUCAAAAGAUGAUAUACCAAGCCGUCGGAUCAUACCAAUCAACGCGCCUGCCUUUCCAUCCGGUCUGCAAAGCUUGCUAGAAUACUACAAAAAUGACUAUGGCAAUCCACCAAUCUAUAUCCAAGAAAAUGGUCUUGGUGGGCCAUUCAAUGAGUCAUUCAAUGACACGGCCAGGGUGGAGUACAUAAGUGGAUUCCUUAACGCGACGCUAAGCGCGAUCAGGUAUGGCCCGUCUAACUUAUGUAUCAGAUUAGCCGUUAAGGGUCAUGGCAUGGCCAGAUUAAUAAGAAAAUUGUAUCUUAUGAUAAUGUGGGUCCCAUACAGGAACGGAUCAAAUACCAAAGGAUACAUUGUGUGGUCAUUCUUAGAUGUUUUCGAACUCUUCGCCGGAUAUAUGCAGAGGUAUGGGCUUUGUCAUGUGGAUUUUGACGACAAGGCCCGUUCAAGAAAGCCCAAAUUUUCAGCCCAUUGGUAUGCGAAUUUGCUCAAGAAAAGAAAGGAAAUGAAGAUAGAGAUGGCCACCCAACAAGGAAUGACCCAUCCUACCCAGUAGUUUUUGUUUUUUCAAGGAUUGAUUGAUACUCUGGUAGGGUGUGAUGGAUGAUACACGAGUACUUACAGUGCAGUUUAGAUGGGCAAGUCCAGUUGAAUUAUCAAACUUUAUGGUUUCCAGUUUAGAUGUAUCAUGAACUAAAUAUUAAGCUUAUUUCAUUAUGUUACUAUCGAAUUGGUGGACGUCUCUUGGAUGGUUAGAAAAAAAAUAA